AGUUACUAUCCCACCUACUACCACGGACACCCUUUAUCAAUCUGUUAACACUGGAUUCGACGGUCUUAAACUAGUAGUCUUCAUUCCAAAAUCGCGCUAUAGUUACCGUCGACAUUGAUUUGUUCAAGAUGGUCACCUUCUCUCGUCUCAUUCACUUCCUGGCAAAGGAUGGCCAGACCUACUACGGAGACGCCAUUCUUCCCGCCGGUGUUACCGACAUUGCCAAGACCACUCAAGCACGAGUGAUCCAGGGCGAUAUCUUCGGCCAGCACGAAGUCACAGACAAGAUUGCCGAAGUCAAGAUGCUUUUAUCGCCGCUAGCCCGCAAGGACAUCGGGACAGUGCGCGGUUUAGGCUUGAACUACGAGCAACACGCUAAGGAAUCCAACCUUCCUGCGCCCAAGUACCCGAUUCUGUUUUACAAGCCCAUCACCGCCAUCACAGGGCCGCAUGACGAGAUCCCAGUCCCAACACUCGCACAGCAAAGCGAAGGAUUGGACUACGAGUGCGAACUGGUCAUCGUCAUCGGGAAAGAAGCCCGUGACGUUCCCGAAAACCGCGCUCUGGAUUAUGUCCUCGGGUAUGCGGUGGGCGAUGAUGUUUCCCACCGCGAUUGGCAAAUCAAGCGUGGUGGAGGCCAAUGGGGUCUGGGCAAGAGCUUCGAUGGCUGGGCUCCUUGGGGACCGGGCAUCGUUUCCUCCAAGUUGAUCCGUGAUCCCAAUGCGCUCCAGAUUUCGACGAAACUCAAUGGCCAGACUGUGCAGUCGUCAUCGACGAAGGAUAUGAUCUUCGGCGUGGCCAAGACAGUCGCGUUUUUGUCCCAGGGAACUACUUUGUUGCCUGGUGACUUGAUCUUCACCGGAACGCCUGAAGGUGUUGGGAUGGGCCGGAAACCUGCGCUUUGGCUUAAAGACGGCGACCGGGUCGAGGUUAACCUUGAAGGCGUGGGCUCGUGUACUAACCAGGUUGUCUACCAGAAGCCCUCAUCCAAGCUCUAAAGGUCCCUACAGACUUCCUCUCCUCGCUAAGUUUCAUUCCCGCUGGGGCUACAUGUAAAUAGCACAUUUGUUACCCGUUGAUUGUUUAUACUAUGAAUGCUC